CAUCCAAGUUUGUUUAUUUAUUUCUCCUUUUUUGCAUCAGGGAAAUCAGCAAAAAAAGGCAAAUUAAAGGGAAAUAUUAACAAGCAAUUUAUAAUGUGUUACAGUAAAGAAUAUAAGAGCACACUUAUUAAUUGUGUACUAGUUAUUAAAUACUUUGCAAUUUGAUAUCAUACAGAAACUUUAUGAAGGCUUGAAAAUAAUCAAGUUAAAAGUCAAAGUUAAUAAAUAAGUGGUAGACAAAAUAAGUGUGUUUAAACGAAAAAAUAAUCUUAUUUCCAAUCUACCAUAAAACUAAAUACAAGAUUAAGCUUGAUUUCAGUUGAAUUUUCAAAAUUGUUCAAAAUGAUAAUAUUAACUUCCAUGAAAAUGAUGAAAGAGUUAAAAAAGAAAAAAGAAGAAACAGUUUUUGCCAUCCUCUAAAUAGCUAAAUACACAACCUUUGUUUCUAUUCACGCUUUGCUGCAUCUUUUAUUACCUGUGAGGAUAAUUGAGUGCCAGGAUCACCCAAAGAUAAAAAAAACUUAGAACUUGAUCUUGGGGAGGUGGGAUAGUUAGGUAAUGGUAUUCAUGCAAUAAGUCACCCAUUAUGUUAUCUUGUUGCAUUACAACUGUACGAGUAUAGUGUUCUUUUCCUCGGGGUCUUAUCUUCCUUGAUACUGCCAGUCGAAAGAUUAAUUGUCUCUUAGUUUUAUUUAUUACAUCACUUGCCAGGAAUCACUGAUAGCUAUCAGCUUUAUCAUCAAAGAUUAGUCUCACUCAGUCAAGGCUAUAUCAGAGAGAGAGAGAGAGAGAGAGAAUGUAAAUAGUUCACCACAGAUCAAGUUAACAGAAACUGUAGACAACUCGAGUUAUUUUCCAUUAUGCAUCAUCACUGUACAUUAUCAUAAACUUCAGUUAUACAUACUGUCAUCACUGUGCAUUAUUGAAAACUUCAGUCUUACAUACUGUCAUAUAGUAAAGAGAAGCAAGGCAUAGAAAAAACAAAAGUAGUGUGUGUAUAUUGUUACAAUACAUGGAAGAAUAGAAGACCAAAAUAACAAGAAGUAUCUUGUAAUGCAGAGAACCAAUUUUGUUUGUAGUACGGUAUGUAGUUUACAGUGUACAGUGUACAGUGUACAGUAUAGAGAGGAAGAACUGAUUAGAAUGAUAUGGCACAAAGGCUGGUAAACACGUCAAGAUAAGGAGGAGUAACAGUGAACAUGAAGAAUUCAUUUUACAUCUGUUACCUAGUAUAUUUUCCCCUAUUGCUGUAUAUUAUAUAGAAAGAACUAAUAAGGACCAUUUGACACAAAGAACAGCCUAUAGAAGAAUUAGUACACACAGUAAACAGAUGAAGUUAUGAAAGAGUGAUAGAGGACAUGAAGAACUAAUUCAAUUUUGUUAUAAUAGAGAAAGGAAAAAUUGUGAGAAUCAUAUGGCAAAGAGAUGGAGAUUACAGAAGAACUAGUGUAUAAUAAACAGAUGAAGAAGCCAAGUGUUUUUUGCAUUAUCUGUGUUGGUCUCCUGUCGCUAUAUGCUAUGUGGUGACCUUGUUAAGUUAAUCAGCAGGUCAGCAUCUUAUCAAAAUGAAGUGGCGAGAUAAGAGUUUUAAUCGUUAUUUCCAUGCCCAAAGAUUAAAACGUGAUCAUUUUCCUUAAGUUGUCGUGUAAUCUUAGUUGCUCUCCCUACUCAUCUGUGGAAGGAAGGCGUGCCACUCCUCUCUGAAAGGUGCCAAAGUUUACACUGAAUGUGUGAGAGGACUUGUGAUAGCACAGCAGCAACACCGGGCAGGGCAACAAGUAAAGCAGUGUGUGUGUGUGCUGUUGCAGGUGAUAGCAUAGCAGCAACACCGGGCAGGGCAACAAGGGUGGCACAAUGAAACACUUUGUGAACCAACUCACCAGGCGGAAGGUGGUGCAAUUUGGCCAGUCUGAGCUGCGCCGGGUUCUAGGUAUCUUGGACCUGACUAUGCUGGGAGUUGGCUCCACAAUUGGUGUGGGCAUCUAUGUGUUGGCUGGUGAGGUGUCACGCAAGUCUUCUGGCCCGGCUAUCACCAUCUCCUUUCUCAUUGCAGCUGUUGCAUCACUCUUUGCUGGUCUGUGCUAUGCUGAGUUUGGUGCCAGGGUUCCCAAGGCUGGCUCAGCAUACAUCUACACCUAUGUCUGUAUCGGGGAGUUUGUGGCCUUCAUCAUUGGCUGGAACCUUAUCUUGGAGUAUGUUAUUGGAACAGCAAGUGUGGCCCGAGGAUUCAGUCAGUAUGUGAAUGCGUUAGCCAACAACACCAUAAAGGACGCCCUGCAAGAAGCAGUGCCACUCGCACCUGAGGACCCCAAUAGUUUCAUCUCCUCUUACCCGGAUUUUCUUUCAUUUGGGCUUGCUCUCGUCCUCUCAGUGGCCCUGGCGCUAGGGGUGAAGGAGUCGUCCCGCAUGAAUAACGUCUUCACCAGCAUCAACAUCAUUGUCAUCCUGUUUGUUAUCAUUGCCGUGGGAACACAAGGUGAUAGCUUCAACUGGAAGAUUCCCUCUGAUGAGAUAGAUAGCCAGUGCAACACCACAGAGAAUGAGGAUGAGGGGAAGAGUAAGUGGUGGGGGACAGGAGGCUUUGCUCCCUAUGGUUUCUCAGGGAUCAUGGAGGGUGCUGCCACCUGCUUCUUUGGCUUUGUGGGCUUUGACAUCAUCGCCACAACAGGUGAAGAGGCCAUAAACCCGUCCCGCACUAUUCCUCUGUCCAUCGGCAUCUCCCUCUUCAUCAUCUUCCUGUCGUACUUUGGAGUGUCAGCCGUCAUCACGCUGGCCUUCCCGUACUGUGUCCUGGAUCCAGAUGCUCCCCUGGUGGUCAUAUUUGAUGAAAAUCACAUUGGAUGGGAGGCCGCCAAGAUCUUCGUCAGUGCGGGUGCUGUGUUUGGUUUCUCUGCCAGUCUGUUUGGUGCAAUGUUCCCUCUUCCUCGUAUCAUCUAUGCCAUGGCCAGCGAUGGUCUGGUGUUCCGUUUUCUCGCCCAGAUCAGCAAGAAAUUUCAGACUCCCACCAUUGCGACUGCUCUCUCUGGCAUCUUUGCUGGUGGAAUGGCAAUGUUCUUCGAAUUGAGCUCCUUAGUGGAUAUGAUGAGCAUUGGGACCCUCAUGGCUUACACUAUCGUGGCUCUGUGUGUCUUAUUGUUGAGAUACACAGACAAUGAUCAUAGCAAUGGGAAGUGUGAAUAUACAUUGCUGAAUACAGCGUACACAGUGGAUGAGGAAGAUAAGGACGAGGAGAAGGGUAAGGCUGUUCUGCCCACUUCAGUGCCAUCUAGUUAUCAUGUCUCAGACUAUCUUCACCAGCUCUUCAACACCAGAGGCCUUACCAAGCCCACUGACCUCACUGCUUCUCUUGUCACAAAGGCUAUCAUGUGCUACUGUGUGUCAGUACUAGUUCUGGACAUCAUGCUGGUGGCUUUAAAUGAACAGCUGUCUCAAGGGGAGGCAGGUGCCAUCACUGGUGUUGUCAUCAUGUUCAUUCUCAGCUUUGCUAUCCUCUUGGUCAUCGCCCGUCAGCCAGAGUCCAAGAAAAAGUUGUCUUUCAAGGUUCCUCUGGUGCCUUGGGUGCCCGCUGUCAGCACAUUCAUUAACCUAUACCUCAUGUGUAGCCUGGAUUUGCACACCUGGUAUCGGUUUGGUAUCUGGAUGGCCAUUGGCUUUCUUGAUUAUUUUGCUUAUGGCAUGUGGAACAGCUCACUACGGAAGAGAGGCAGCAACAACCAGGGCCUUGACAACCCAAGUUUCUCUGACAGCAAGAAUGUACACGAGCUGAUUAUUCCCAAGAUAGAGAUCCAGCCAGCCACUCCUCUUAGCUCUGAGCCAAGUACUCCUGUCACCAAACCCAAGCAGACGACUCCUGCAGUCCCGUCUCCCCUCGCUCUGGAUUUCCAAGGCAAGAAAACCGGUGCCGAGGAUGAGGGUGCCAAUGGAAGUGUAGCAGUGCGUGAAGACAUCUCCCCAUUGUCCGCUGCUGCCGUUGUUGUAUCUCUGAUGAUGACUGGUAAGGCAGUUGAGAGAGACACUGAGGAGAAGAAAGAGAAAGAGACUGGAGACAAAGAAAAAAUAGAAGUUGAAAGAAAGGAGGGUUGUAAAGAAUGCACUAAUGAUGUUGAGGGAAAGAAUGAGGAAUGUGAAAAAAUUGGAGUUGAAGAUGAAAGAAUAGAGCAUGCUAAAGAAGGCAUAGAUAUUGAAAGAAAGGAUGGUGACGUAGAGAAUGAUACAGUGAUGAAUGAGAGUCCCAGUGAGGAUUGUGGUGUCCUGCCUUUUACUACCAUAACCACUUCUCUGUCAUCUUCUGACAGUAGAAAGGGAAACGAAGACACAGAAGUGAAGGAAAUAAGCAGAGCAGAAGAAAUUACAACUCAGGAUGAGAAUGAGAGUAAAACCAAGGAAGUAAAGGAGGAGGAUAAUGAGGAUAAAAAGAUGGAAGAGAACAGCAACAAAAAGGAUAAAUCAAACAAGCCACCACCAUUUACCAACUCAUUAUUCAACCGGGACACUAACAAUGGCACAGACAUCACCCAAGCUUACUACUCAUCACCAGAGCUCUCACCACCACACUCACCACCACCUUCCCCACCACCGUCCUCCCCUACACUACCUGCAUCAUCCUCACCCAUAACAUCACCGCCUUCAAAGCCACAUGCUGUUCUUGUUCGUUCCCAGUCAGAAGCAAACCUGAUUCGCAGUGUUCCCUCAACUCCAGCAGGAAGGAGGCACCCUAUAAAGAAGCUUCGUCGCAUGUCAAGCUUUGAUGACAUACCGCCACGUUCCCCAGAUAGUCCCUUUGCUCGCCGUAUCGCCAGCUUUGUGGUCAUCCCUGUCCACGAACCAGAAAUGGAGAACUCGGAUGAAAACAGCUUCAUUCCUUCUCCCUCUCCAAGUCUCACCUUUAACGAUAAUGCGUUUCAAGAUGCACUGAGCAAGAAGGAGGAUAAGAUGUUUAUUCUAGGCAGCUCAGAGUCUCUUGACAAGCUUGCAGGUGAGGGGAAUGAGGCCAGCGAGUUUCUCAACACCAGAAGAAUGGUAAGCAGGGAGUUGGAAGUGCUAGACCCGAUUCGAGAGAGAGGAGAGAGCAAACUGUAUGCCAACGGAGCUGACAAAACAGAGAUCCAGCCAUCAUAGAAGGACUCCUAGAACAGAGACAGAUACAAGCAUAUACAGAUGUGAUGGAUUGAAAAGUACAAGACAAGACAGAGAAGUAAAUAUGAUGAAUAAGAAAAGAAUUAAGCCAAAACAAUUUUACUUGGCAGAUAGAAAAUUAACAAAAAUUAAGAAAAGAUGAAGAAAGCAUGACCA